AUUUAAAAUAGUCUUCCUGUGAUACACAUCUCAAAAACUCUGUUUUUAUUUAUUUUUUCUUUUAUAUAUAAAAACUCACGCCCCUCCACCACUCUUUCCCUGUAUCCAUCAUCACUUUCUGCGAUAAGAAAAGAGCAUCGGCCAAAUUCUGGAGAAGAGACAAUCCCUGAAAUCAAAUAUAAAACCCUAAAUUGUUUAGGUCGGAGGUCGAUAUACGACUAUUUUUAGGGUUAUUGGUCUUUGAUUUGAUUAUAAUUUGAUUAUAAUGGGAAAUCGUGGGCAAAAGCGGGCAGAGAUUAUAGAAGAAUUUCCAGCGGAUAAGCGAGCUUGUAGUUCAUUGGAAUUUAGACCAAGUUCUUCUAACUCAUCAAUUCAAACUAAUAUAAAUUCCAUAAGUUCAACACCUGAAACCCGUGAUGCUGGAACCCACGAUGCAGAUAUGGAUACUUCAUCCUCUGGUUCAGCUUCAAGCCGGUCAGAGGAGGAAGAUCAUGAAAGGGAUUCAGCUUAUGGCUCAUGUGAUUCUGAUGAAGCAAUACCAGGACGUAGCAGUUUGCAUAAUUAUCAGAGGCAGAGAUCAUUCGGUGAUCAUGGCAGAUUGAGGAGUGCUUUAUCCACUUUAAGUGAAGGCACUGAGUCUUCUGGGCUAUUAGCUGCUCUUACAGAAUUGUGCGAGGUGCUCUCAUUUUGUACUGAGGAUUCUCUUUCGAGCAUGAUGGCAGACUCUUUAUCGCCUGUUCUUGUUCAGCAUGCAAGGCAUGAGAGCAACCCAGAUAUAAUGUUGUUAGCUAUAAGGGCUUUAACUUAUCUGUGUGAUGUGUUUCCCCGAGCAUCUGCUUUUCUUGUUAGACAUGAUGCGGUUCCGGUUCUUUGUCAAAGACUAAUGGCGAUUGAGUACUUAGAUGUAGCUGAACAGUGCUUGCAAGCAUUGGAGAAAAUAUCUCGUGAACAACCACUUGCAUGUCUGCAGGCUGGGGCAAUAAUGGCUGUUCUGAACUUUAUUGACUUCUUCUCUACCAGUGUCCAAAGAGUUGCACUUUCAACUGUGGUCAAUAUAUGUAAGAAACUACCAACAGAAAGCCCUUCUCCUUUUAUGGAGGCUGUUCCAACAUUAUGCAAUCUCCUACAGUAUGAGGAUCGACAGCUUGUUGAAAAUGUAGUGAUUUGCUUGAUGAAAAUAGCUGAGCGGGUUAGUCAGUCUUCUGAGAUGCUGGAUGAUCUAUGUAAGCAUGGCCUAAUCAAUGAAGCUACUCAUCUAAUACAUUUGAAUAGCCGAACCACUCUAUCUCAACCGAUAUAUAAUGGUUUGAUUGGGCUGCUGGUCAAACUUGCCUCUGGUUCAAUGGUGGCUUUCAGGACACUUUAUGAGCUUAAUAUAAGCAGCACCUUGAAGGACAUGUUAGCUACUUAUGAUGCUUCACAUGGGAUGUCUUCUCUCUAUGCAGUAGAUGGGCAGAGCAACCAGGUACAUGAAGUUCUAAAGUUGCUAAAUGAGCUCCUCCCUUUGGUACCAAAGGAUCACGAUGUUCAACAAGAAGUGUCGGAAAAAGAAUCAUUUUUAGUUAAUCAUCCCGAACUUUUGCGUAAGUUUGGAUCUGAUAUGCUACCCAUGUUGAUCCAGGUCGUUAAUUCUGGUGCAAAUAUUUAUGUUUGCUUUGGGUGCCUAUCUGUCAUCAACAAAUUGGUCUAUUUCAGCAAAUCUGACAUCCUUGUUGAAUUAUUUAAGAAUGCAAACAUUCCAAGUUUUUUGGCUGGGGUUUUUACGCGGAAGGAUCACCAUGUGCUGAUAUUAGCCUUACAAAUUGCUGAGAUAAUUUUGCAAAAACUUUCAGAUAUUUUCCUGAAUGCAUUCAUUAAGGAAGGUGUCUUUUUUGCCAUUGAUGCCCUUAUGAUGCCAGAAAAAUGUUCCCCUUCAAUGUUUCCAGUGUUCAACAGCAUUCAGCUUACAUCUGACUUCAAUCAAAAGUCUGUUUCAAAAGUUGUUCGAAGAUGCUUAUGUUAUGCAUUUGAUACGGGCCAGUCUUCUGUAACCUCAGAGGCAGGAACAUGCAAGCUUGUAAAGGAUGGCGUUCAAAGUCUUGCAAAACAUAUAAAAACUACUUACUUUGCUCCAGAAUUAUGUGACUUUGAGAAUGGGUUGACAGAUAUCCUUCAAAAGCUUAGAGCUCUUUCUGCAUCAUUGAGUGAUCUGAUGAAUUUUCCCACAAGUGUGGAUAGUUCCAGCCAAGAUGAAGAGAAGUUUUAUUGUUUAUUGCGUCAAAUUAUGGAUAAGCUUGAUGGAAGAGAACCUGUUUCCACUUUUGAAUUUAUUGAGAGUGGAAUUGUGAAGUCAUUGGUAAAAUACAUAUCCAAUGGUCAGUAUUUGAGUAAGGUGGAACUUCAUGGUAAGUUUGACCAUUAUUAUCUUGUAGAAAAAAGACUUAAGGUGUUUGCAAGGUUUUUUUCAUCUUAUUCAAGCCUUGUUGAAGGGUUACCCGUGUCCAUUUUAAUACGGAAAUUGCAAAGUGCCUUAGCUUCUCUGGAGAAUUUCCCUGUUAUUUUGAGCCAUUCAUCCAAGCAAAGGAACUGGUUUGCCACCGUUCCUAAUGGACGUUGCAUAUCUCACCCAUGCCUGAGAGUUCGUUUUGUAAGGGGAGAGGGAGAGACAUGUAUUUCUGAUUACUCUGAUAAUGUUUUCACUGUUGACCCUUUUUCUUCGUUGGAUGCAAUUGAAGGAUUUUUGUUUCCUAGAGUUAGAAUGGAAAGAACCAAACAAACAGAAACAACUACUUUAUCUAUGGAUCCAAUGGAAAGCAUACAUUUUCAGAUUCCAUCAAGUAACUCUUGUGAAGGUCAAAGCUCAGGUGCCACUGAGCCUGACAGCAAUUCUACUGAUUUGCAUCAGAUGCAGGAGGAUGAGGCUCCACUGGAACAAGUGAUAAAUUUACAACCGCAAAUUCCUGGUGAUACUACGACUUCAGAUGAUGGUGACAUUGCCAAUCCUGACCAGGUGGGACAGUUUCCUUCUGUGGAAGACAUCAAUGGGAAAACUGGGAAUCCUGCAUCCUCUAGCAAUGGAGAUGCUUUGCCAAAACUGGCAUUUUACCUAGAAGGGCAAGAAUUGGACCGGAGUUUGACACUGUAUCAAGCAAUUCUCCAACAGAGAAUUAAAGCUGACCUCGACAUUAAUACAGGUGCAAAGUUGUGGAGUCAAGUCUACACCCUGACUUAUAGAAUAGCUGCAGAAAGUAAUGGUGAUAGUCCUAAAAAAUGUCAUAGUUUGGCUCAAAAUUCCUCUUUGGUGGAUAAGAUUGGGGCUCAUAUGCAAUGCACUUCAUUUUGCACCAGCAUAUUCAAUUGUGAACUUGCUUCUGACUUGGAUAAGUUGAGUCCUGCUUAUGAUGUAUUAUUUCUGCUUAAAAGUUUGGAAGGCUUGAACAGGUAUACAUUUCAUCUGAUGUCUUGUGAAAGAGUACAUGCAUUUGCUGAAGGGCUAAUCAAUGACUUAGAUAGUUUAAAAGUGGUGGUUCAUUCAGUCUCACAGAAUGAAUUUGUGAGCAGUAAGUUGACAGAAAAACUAGAGCAGCAGAUGCGAGAUUCUUUCGCUGUUUCUAUUGGUGGUAUGCCAUUGUGGUGUAAUCAACUUAUGUCUUCAUGCCCCUUCUUGUUUAGCUUCGAGGCAAGAUGUAAAUACUUCCGAUUGUCAGCAUUUGGAUCUCAGCAAGUUCAGAUGCAGACACCUUCUAAUACCUCAGGAGUUUCUAGAGACAGGAGGUCAAAUCUAGGUACUAUGCACCGUAAAAAGUUUUUAGUUUUGCGUGACCGGAUUCUAGAGUCUGCUGCGCAAAUGAUGGACCUUUAUGCUCAUGUUAAAGUGCCGAUUGAAGUGGUAUAUAAUGAAGAAGUUGGUAGCGGUCUUGGUCCAACAUUGGAAUUUUAUACCUUGGUCAGUCAUGAGUUUCAGAAGUAUGGUCUUGGCAUGUGGAGAGAAGAUCAUAGUUCACUUGCAGCCAGGAAAGGAUUAUCGAUUGAUGAUUCUGAAAUUCUAACAUCUCCUUUUGGCCUUUUUCCCCGUCCAUGGCCAUCGACGCUGGAUAUCUCUGAUGGCAUACAAUUUUCUGAUGUUAUUAAAAAGUUUGUCCUCUUGGGAGAAAUUGUGGCAAAGGCUCUUCAAGAUGGAAGGGUCUUGGAUCUGCCAUUCUCCAAAGCCUUCUAUAAGCUUAUUCUUCAGCAGGAACUGAAUUUGUGCGACAUUCAGUCAUUUGAUCCUGAUCUGGGCAGGACAUUGCUAGAGUUUGAAGCUCUUGUUGAUAGGAAAAAGAUUUUGGAAUCAGUUUUAGGAGAAAAUUUGUCUUCUACUUUUGAUGCAAGCUUCCGAAGUACCAGAAUUGAGGAUCUCUAUCUUGACUUCACUCUUCCUGGGUAUCCCAAUUACAUUGUCCACCCGGAUCAUAAAUUAGUAAAUAUGGAUAACUUGGAGGAGUAUGUUUCUCUUGUUGUGGAUGCUACUACACAUGCUGGAAUUUCUAGACAAGUUGAAGCUUUUAAGUCUGGAUUUAAUCAGGUUUUUCCAAUUAAGUAUCUUCAGAUUUUUACUGAGGAGGAACUAGAGCGAUUACUAUGUGGAGAACGUGUUUUCUGGGCUUUCAAUGAGCUUUUGGAUCAUAUCAAGUUUGAUCAUGGAUACACUGCUAGCAGUCCUCCUAUUAAUAAUUUACUGGAAAUCAUGCAAGAGUUCAAUCAAGAACAACGGCGAGCAUUUCUGCAGUUUGUAACUGGGGCACCUCGACUUCCUCCUGGAGGAUUGGCAUCCUUGAGUCCAAAAUUGACAAUUGUCCGGAAGCAUUGUAGUAACUGUGCGGAUGCAGACCUACCCAGUGUGAUGACUUGUGCCAAUUACCUGAAGUUGCCACCUUAUUCUUCAAAAGACAAGAUGAAAGAGAAGCUAUUGUAUGCCAUAACAGAAGGACAAGGCUCAUUCCACCUCUCGUAGCCUGGCUGAUAUAUCGAUUGUGAAUUUGUAAUUAUUAGGAUAGGUAUUUUGUACAGGGAAAAGGUGGUGGUCCUGGUGGAAUUUGGUGGGUGGGAAAAGGGAGCUGAUUGUUGAGGAACAAGAGGAAGCUCCUCAACUUCACUGACUACACUUUUGUGGGGAUAAUGUGUACAUACAAGUCCAGAUACAGACAGCUAUUUGAUUUACAGGAGUUGGGAAGUUGUACAGCAAAAAAGAGGGGAUUUCAAUUGGAUGGAAUUGGCUUUCCUAACGUAUAUUGUACAAAUCGGUGUACAGAUACCGUUUAGCGUAGAUUUAGUUCGUUGGUUCUUUUUUAUCCAGUUGCAAUUAAGGUAGUCUUGGUUAGUAUUUAGUCUAACGAAGUGCUAAUGUUGUUGGUUAGGUUCUUGUUAAGAACAUGAUGUUAUUGCUUUUAGCUUUUCAUUCUGUCUUCGCAUAUUUUCUUUUCAUGUAUAUCUCUAUAUGCUCCCAACGAAGCCGGAGCUCUCAUCUUGUAAACUUGAUGUCAAGCAAGCAAUUCUCUUCUGUUUCGUUUAA